AUGGGGCUACGAGAUCUUCGCAGUCGCACCCUUACCGUCGUCGUCAGUGUCAUUGGCGCCGUGGGGUUCGCCCUGCAAGGCUAUGACCAGGCCGUUGCCAAUGGACUGUUGACUUUGAAGUCGUUCACGAGAACAUUCCCGGCUAUUGACACCGUGAAUACCACCGGAGCUGUGAAAAGUCGCAAUUCUACCAUUCAGGGCACGACGGUCGCGAUCUAUGAAGUCGGCUGCGCUAUGGGAGCCCUCUCGUGUACAGGCCUUGGGGACCGGCUGGGGUGA